AUGAGCAGCCAAAACCAAAAGCCAGAAGCUGGCUCAUCGGCAAACUCGCCCGCAGUGGGCGACCAGCAGCUGCGGCACACGCUCAACAGCCUGAACCCAGCGCCCGUCAACCCCGCCAACCCGGUGCUGCGCAGCAUCGCCCUUUCCGACGCCGUGACGCCGGGGAUUCACCAGCACACCUACACCUACCGCGACUCCCCCGAAGAAGGCUCCUCCCGCGCCGCCUCGCCCUCGUAUUUUUCCAUUUCUUCCACCUCCCACCACAACACCAACACUCACACCAACAACACCACCAACGACGACGACACUCACGCCGGCGACAACAGCAACACCAGCAACAGCCAUCGCGGUGGCAGCAGCAGCAAGGUCGCCUUUGCUCCCUCCUCCUCCACACCCCUCCCGGCCACGACGCCCUUCAUCGCCGGCCACAACCUCCCGACGUCGCCAGGCACCGCCAUCGGCAAAGACAUCCUCAAGCGCAUGACGCUCGCCGCCAUGGGCCGCCGUGAGUCGCUGUCGCAGAUUCGCGCCUCCAACCCCGACCUGCAGCUGAGCGGCAACAUCAUCUCGGCCACCUUCAACAUUCCCCAUUCUCUCAAGUACCGCAAGGGCUCCGACUGGGAAUUGAAGCCUCGCCGCGGCCAGUCCGCCCUCUUCGACUCCUUUGCUUACCUCUCCUCCGACGAGACCCCCUGGAACCACACCGUCGUCGCCUGGACCGGCGAGAUCGACACCCCCCAAGAUGUCCUCUCUCCGCCCGGCACGCCCCCGGCCACGACCGUCCACUUCUCGAGCCUGAAUACCCUCUCCGCUCCCGUCCCGAUCGAUGGCGACGCCCGCCUGCCGACCCCUCCCCCGACCGAGGGCCUCUGGCUGCCCAAGGAGGACCAGGUCCGCCUCGAGAACCAGCUCGUCCACAACCGCACCAUCAAGACCGUCCCCGUCUGGCUGUGCGACGACAACGAGCAGCAGGACGACGGCCUCCUGCUCAAGGACCAGAGCCGCUGGCGCCGCUACGCCGAGCACGACCUCUACACCCUCUUCCACUACAAGCAGCACGAGCCCACCGACGGCCGCAAGGAGCGCCUCCAGUGGGCCGACUACUACCGCAUGAACCAAAAGUUCGCAAACAGCAUCAUCGAGCUCUACAAGCCCGGCGACGUCGUCGUCGUCCACGACUACUACCUCAUGCUGCUCCCCAGCAUGCUGCGCCAGCGCGUCCCCAACAUGUACAUCUCCUUCUUCCUCCACUCGCCCUUCCCCAGCUCCGAGUUCCUGAGAUGCCUGCCGCGCCGUAAGGAGGUGCUCGAGGGCGUCCUGGGCUCCAACCUCGUCGGCUUCCAGUCCUACAGCUACUCCCGCCACUUCUCCAGCUGCUGCACCCGCGUCCUGGGCUUCCCCUCCGACAGCGGCGGCGUCGACGCCUACGGAGCUCGCGUCCAGGUUGGUGUUUUUCCCAUCGGCAUCAACGCAGACAAGUGCGAAAUGUACGCCUGGACCGACGCCGUCACCGAAAAGUACAACGCCCUGAAGAAGCUGUACGAGGGAAAGAAGAUCAUCGUCGGCAGGGAUCGUCUUGACAGUGUCCGCGGUGUUGCCCAGAAGCUGCAGGCGUUCGAGCGCUUCCUCGAGAUGUACCCCGAGUGGCGCGAGAAGGUGGUGCUCAUCCAGGUCACCUCGCCCACGAGCAUCGAGGAGGAGAAGGAGGACCCCGAGAACCGCAUCGCCACGCGCGUCAACGAGCUCGUCAUGCGCAUUAACGGCAUGUAUGGCAGUCUGGGCUUCUCCCCCGUCCAGCACUACCCCCAGUACCUCAGCCAGGACGAGUACUUUGCCCUCCUGCGCGCUGCCGAUAUUGGCCUCAUCACCUCCGUCCGCGACGGCAUGAACACGACCAGCAUGGAGUACGUCAUUUGCCAGCGCGAAGGCCACGGCCCCCUCAUCCUCUCCGAGUUCAGCGGUACCGCCGGCAGCCUCAAGGAUGCCAUCCACAUCAACCCCUGGGACCUCAGCGGCGUCGGCAUCGAGAUCAACAACGCCCUGACCAUGACGCCCGAGAAGCGCAUGGCCAUGCAGGCCAGCCUCUACAACCACGUCACCACCAAGAACGUCCAGAGCUGGAUCGACCACUUCAUCCGCAAGCACGUCCACGUCCUGGGCACCCAGAAGAACGUCGUCGCCACCCCUCUCCUCGACCGCGCCCUCAUGCUCAAGACCUACCGCGAAGCCGGCAAGCGCCUCUUCAUGUUCGACUACGACGGCACCCUCACUCCGAUCGUCCGCGAGCCCAGCGCCGCCGUGCCCUCGGAGCGCGUCCUUCAGACUCUCAAGGCCUUGACCAGCGACGAGCGCAACGCCGUCUGGAUCAUCUCCGGCCGCGACCAGGAGUUCCUCUCCCAGCACCUCGGCCAUAUUGCUGGCCUGGGCUUCAGCGCCGAGCACGGCAGCUUCAUGAAGAACCCCGGUUCCGACGAGUGGAUCAACCUGGCCGACGAGUUCGACAUGGGCUGGCAGUCCGAGGUCAUGGCCGUGUUCCAGUCCUACACGGACAGAGUUCCUGGCUCUUUCAUCGAGCGCAAGCGCUGCGCCCUCACCUGGCACUACCGACUGGCAGACCCGGAGCAGGGCCUGCACAUGUCACGAGAGUGCCACAAGGAGCUCGAGUCGACGGUGGGACAGAAGUGGGACGUCGAGGUCAUGGCCGGCAAGGCCAACCUGGAGGUCAGACCGACCUUCAUCAACAAGGGCGAGAUAGCGAAGCGCCUUGUGCACACAUACAACUCCGCCCCUGCGACGGACAAGCACCCCGGCCGGGUCGAGUUCGUCCUCUGCCUGGGCGACGACUUCACCGACGAGGACAUGUUCCGGGCGCUCAACGGCCUGUCGGGCAACGAGGUCGAAAACGAGCACGUCUUCACCGUUACGGUCGGCGCGAGCACUAAGGUUACGCUCGCGAGAUGGCAUCUCCUCGAGCCCGAGGACGUGGUCGAGUGCGUGGCGCUGCUCGCCGGCGUCGGCCUCGGCGGCGAGGCUCACGAGCACUUUGGUCAGGUGAACCUCGCGGCCCUGAGCACGGUGGAGGGACACAUUCCCGAGUCGGAGAAGUGA